CCAUCUCUGCCAGCGACAGAUUCUCUAUAUACCAAGUUGCUCUUCCGUGAUACAGCCUGCGACCCCAAGAGAUGAUGCUACACUCUGUCAUCUGCAUCAAUAGCUACGUCUCUCGCGCUGGACGCGGCGCCUUCCCUUCACCAUGAGUAGCCCAUCUGAUAGCUCGACCACGCUGCCAUGGCCACCAAGCAAACUGCCAAAGCGACAUAAGAUGCGCAACGGUACCUUUAUUGUUCCCAAUACCGGCGAGCGAUCGAGACGACAGUUUACACUUCGAACAUCCACAGGCCUAUCUCCAACAGAUGCGCCAAGCACGACAACGAAUUUCCCCCAAUCUGCAAGAGAACGAAUAGAUCACACUGCCCAAGCUGUGAAGCGAUAUUCGCAUGCACUGUGGCAAUGGUUGCAAUCGGACGAAGGCCAUGGUGUGCUCAAGUGCACUCUGGCCUAUGUUCUUGGUAGCAUCGCCACGUUUUGGAGCCCUCUAUCUGACUUCUUGGGUCAUCGUGAUGGAAAACAUAUUGUUGCGACAUUGACUGUUUACUUUCAUCCUGCGCGAUCAGCCGGAUCCAUGAUCGAGGCAGUCUUGAUUGCUAUAGUAGCCGUCAUUUACGCCGAUAUUGUCUGUGUGCUGAGCAUGGCCGUCUCGAUUGCAUCGCGAAGUAAGCUUGGCUCGCCGGUACCUGCCCAUUUCCUUGUCCUCGUCCUGUUUAUAGGCGGAGGGCUCGGCUUUAUUGGUUGGGUAAAACAGAAGCUCAACCAGCCAUUGGUCAACGUCGCUUCUACGCUCGCCUCUAUAGCCAUCAUUUCUGUCGUUACUAAGGAGGAGUCAGUUCAGGAUGGCUACUUCUCUGGCGAGAAGAUUAUUCAAAUGGUCAAGAUGUUGCUGGUUGGCAUCUCCUUCAGUACCGCCGUCAAUCUCCUCAUAUGGAGAGUAUCAGCACGAGUCGUCUUGCGCAAGGCUGUUGUUCGAGCAACCACAGCACUUAGUGACCGAUUAUCCUUUGUUACCAGGGGCUUCUUGAAUGGAUCGGAAGACGAAGUCAAUUCUCCCGAAUAUGCGGCCGUCUCUAAGCAGUACAGCAUGGCAUACGGGACAAUGUCGAAGACCUUGCGCGAAGCAAAAUUAGAACACUACUUUUUGGGCCACGAACGCAUAUACGCACUGGACAAACGCCUUGUCAAAUCAGUUGAUGCCGUGCAGCAGGCCAUUGGUGGUCUCCGCAGUGCCCUCAACACACAAUUUACUCUGCUACGAGAGGGUGUGUCUGCUGAAUCGCAAGCUGCCGAGGAGCUCAUUGUCGGUAGCUCCGGCCCGGUUUCAUCUCUUACUGCGCGUCGACAAUCAUUACUUUCGGAAGACGCACAUACAGUGUUACCGGUCAUUCGUGAAGUAGCUGGUGAAUCACGCAGUGGUUCGCCAUCUCCAGCGCAAGUGCCUUUGUUUCGGGCACCAUCAGACAUCUUCGCCAUGUUUAUGCAACUUCUAGGCCCGUCUAUGAAAUCUCUAGCAUAUACACUCUCAGAGAUUCUCCGAGCGUCGCCCUUUGGUGGCGAUGUUCAGACGCAGAUCAACGAUACUGAGCAACUGCGCGAGUCUCUACAAGAAGCCCUCGGCCUUUACUAUGAAGCGAGGCGGAAUGCCCUCACGGAGCUUUACAAGAGCAUCGAGUUGGGCAGGACGAGAUCGGAGAAGAUUCAGGCCGACAUUGAAGAGGUUGCAGCAGCAUGUGGUCACUUCUCGUUCAGUUUACAGGCUGUUGCAGAAGAAAUGGAUGUCUACUUGGACGCGAUGGAAGAUUUGAAACAUUGGAUAGGAGCUCACAAUCGUACCUGGCGCUGGCUCAUGUUUUGGAAACGACGGGCGGAGAGCAGAAGAAACCAAGAAUCCGCCAUUGAUGACGUCGAAUGCGACACACUAAUUCAGAAAAAGACGUCCAAGGGGAUCAGCAGAUCAGCCCUCCCAAAGGGUAUCCCGCAGUCGAUGAUUAAACGACGAGACACAUUUAGCUGGGAUGCCUCUCCUCAAGCCGUUAGCGUAAAGCGUACACUUGCGCAAGUCGCCCUCGGUAUAAUGCGCUUCUUCUCUCGCGAAGAUGUCAUGUUUGGCGUAAAGGUCGGCAUUGGUGCGGUUAUUUGGGGCAUGUUUGCAUUCAUUCCAGAUACGCGGCCCAUUUACCAGUCGUGGCGAGGAGAAUGGGGUCUUUUGUCGUACAUGAUUGUCGUGGGCAUGACUACUGGCGCAUCCAACACUACUGGCACCGCGCGAUUCAUAGGUACCCUGGUUGGUGCGACCCUUGCUUGUCUGUCGUGGACGAUAAGCGCUGGAAAUGCCUAUAUUUUAGCCUUGUUUGGUUGGUUUGUUGCACUGGCCAACUUCUACUUGAUUCUCGUCCUCAAAAACGCACCCCUGGGACGAAUCUCCUUACUCACAUACAACGUUAUUGUACUAUACGCCUAUAGUAUCUCCCAGGAUGUGGAUGACGAUGACGACGAUGAAGGUGGCCGCAACCCUCUCAUCUUUGAAAUUACAUAUCAUAGAGUCGUGGCUGUCACACUCGGCAUCGCCUGGGGUAUGAUUAUUUGCAGGCUGCUGUGGCCGAUCUCAGGCAGAACCAAGUUCCGCGAGGGUCUGGCUGUGCUCUACCUUCAGCUGGGAUUGAUCUGGAAGCGCGGGCCCCUAACAGUUCUCAUGCAAACAAAUAACACUUUGGAUUAUCUUCAGGAAGGCGAGCAGGCUGCUCUCCAGCGCUACGCAUUCAAGCUUGAAAUGCUGCGAGAUGCUGCCGCCUCCGAGUUUGAGCUAAGGGGCCCAUUCCCGUUUGAAGCAUAUGGCCGUAUUAUGCACUCCACCAAACAUAUACUGGAUGGAUUCUAUGCCAUGAGGCUGAUCACGCAGCGUAGAGUAUCUCUGUCUGCUGGCGAGCGCUCCCUUUUCGAAAUUACAGCAGAAGAGCGUCUUCAACUGUGCCAGCGCAUUUCGCAUGUCUUCCAAGUACUGGCAUCCUGUUUCAUGUUAGAGUACCCUCUUACGGAUGCAAUCCCCACCAUUGAAGGGAACAAGGACCGUCUCCUGGGCAAGAUUUACCAAUUCCGGCGUGAUAAUAUGGGCCGCGGAGAAGGUAGCUCAACCGAGAUAUCAAGUGUUGCCGAAGAGAGCGACUACGCAUUGCUAUAUGCGUAUAUUCUCGUCACGGCGCAGGUCGCAGCGGAGUUGAAGAUUGUCAGAGAGGAAAUAGAAGGGCUAUUUGGCGUCUUGAACACACACGAUUUGCUACUUGAGUAACAUACUCUACCUCAACGAACAGCGAUGCAUUUAGGAUAUCCCGUUAUAAUAGUUCAUAUCAAGCGUGUAUUAACAUUCAUUGUGAAUCCUGUUUUAUUUACUUUUAUUCCCAUCUUGACAGAUCUUUUAAAAAGUAAUUUCUCUAAGUCGACCCUUUCCACCGACUUCAUACUCGAUCCAUCGUCCCACGCCCUUGCGUCCAGGCACCAACACCGUGCCGGGGUUCAUGACGUGGCAACCCUCGUAUGUAGUAGUAAAAGGAGGCGCCGUUGCAUCGACUAAUACCAUUGCCGUUGGAAGCGGAUACAAGUGCAGCGGGGAGCCGUAGUCCCAAUGCACCGGGCGAAUAGCGGAUCGGAAGGGCGACAGGAAGCCCUGGUCAAGGAUAGUCUUGACGAGCUUCUGCGCAGCAUGGCGAUUCACAGUUUCGCCAAGCGUAGAGUCUUCACAGGGAGUGUUGGUCUCAUUGACCGCUGGCUGCUCGUCGACAUCCAUAGAUUCGUCUUGCGACGCUGUAGGCGGGACGUUUUCUUGGUUUUCCAUAUCUAGUGCUUUGGCUGUCAAAUGGACCGACGAUCGACGUAGGCGCGCUGAUAUAUCAUCACGGAAGAUGACGAGCUCGUGGUUCGGUCCAAACAGAGAUAGUCGCGAAGGAUUGCUCGUCCAGAUGGCCUCACCAGGUACGCCAAAGGGCUCUUCGGCAUUGGCUGCCGCAAAGGCCUUGCGGAUUCGUGAUGUGAAGAGCUCGGGGAUGCCCUUGCGCGGUAGCGGUGCCGCAGCUCCGGCUGUAAAGGACGAUAUCCACCCGUCGUUGUCGCCGGGGACAAAGACGAACGUGCAGGUCUGGAGGAGUGUGGGGAAGUCGGAGAGGAUCGAGGCAAGCGAGUCGAAGUAUUCUUUGUACUCGAUACUGCUGCACGAUCCGCCGAGACCCAUGACGGCGUGCUCGAUAAAGUUGCCUGUCAGCACAAACGCAACGGGGGAUACACCGGCUGCUUCUUUGGCGUAUACACCGAGGAUCUUGCGCAGUGCUUGCAGAGCGCGCGGCUGGUCAAAGUUGACUUCUCCAAUGACGACCACGCGGUUGCGGCCUGGCAUGUCAUCCUUUGGAGGCGCCAGAAGGCGGUUCUCUAGUCUUCGCAUCUUGGAUCCCACAGCUCGCUCACUUCCUACGCCGAGGAAAUCGAUCCAGCCGAAUCCACCGCCUAUUGUUUGGUCGACGCCGCCGUCGGGGCCACUAACACCAAGGGUUGUCUUUCGUGUCUCACAUGGCGGUUGACCAAUGAAGAAUCCCUGGAACUUGCCUCCUAAUACACCUCCAACACCACUGCUUCCGCCUAGACCCUUGCCCACAGAUUCAUCCUCUUCCUCGUAUACACCGUCGACAACGACAAUCAUGCCCGGGCAGAACCAGGAUGAGUCGUGGGGAACACAUAUAGCACGUUUGAGAUCUAGAGCAAUUGUGCCGGUAAGGUCGCUAAUGGCAAGCUCUCCAGUUGGUAAUAUUGUUAGCUGGCCGAGAAGCAUAUGAUUGCUACCGUGUCGACCCAGCAAGUUUGCAAUUGGGGUGAUCUUGAGCGUUUGCGCGCCGGUGUUGGCGUUAGAGCGGUUCUUUAGUGCACUGCUUCGGGAGUUGGCAAUAGCUGAGGAUUGGAAGGAUUCGUUUCGGAGGAGUCGUUGGUGAAUGACGUUAUAUCGGUUGCGGAAGAGCAUGGUUUUAUGUGACGCGGAGGCUAAUAUUGCCGGUUUCGAUGUAUCUCUGCUGGGAGUUAGUUAUACCUGUCGGAGACAGUUUAACCUUGUCCUCUUACCGUUCAAAGUGUUUCUUAUCCACAUUGUAGUACAUGCGAGGCUGAUCGUAGGCAUCAAUAACUCGGACCCAUGAUCGAGCGUCACUGGUUUCCGACUCGUCGUCCUCCUCUUCUUGCACACCAAGCCCUGACAUACCAAAGCUUGCUGAGCUAUCCUGUCUCGAAAGUGCCGCCGGUCGUAUUCCCAUUCUGGUGGUAAACAUGUCGUCUACUUGUCCCUCGAGCAUGCUGUCCCCUCGAGGAAGACCGCGGCCUUGGCUAACAACCUUACCACCGCUCAUGUUGCCCUCAAGAGUCUUGAGGAUGUCAUGCAGCUCUUUGCUGCUUCCAUCGACAAUGGCACCGCCAUUUCUAUUUUUCCAACUGCGCGCCGCCUCCUCAAGCACUCUUUCCGCAAGGCCAUCCUCGCGCCAGCCUGAGCCACAGUGACGCCCAAUGAAGGUUGCGAGCUCUUGCAAAGCGCUUGACGUUAGCGUCAAUGAAUGCUUCUUUGUAAAUGUUCGAAAUGCGAGUGGACGAAGAGUUGCAGGUGGUAAAAUAAUAGGCAAAAUGCCAGCUUUGGGUGCGUUGACAUUGAACGGCUUGACGGGGUGAAUCGGUGUCGCAAAGGAUGGCGAGGACGAGGGCAGCUGGGACGACGGUAUUAUAUUCCGCUUUCGAAAUAGAGGCGCUGGUGUUUUGUCCAUGGUGUAGGUAUUUUGAUGUGUUUAUCCUCCAAUUAUGGACUUGAAUGCCAAAUUGAAAUGGAAGGACAGGCGUUUUCAGGCGGUUUGUUGCCCUUGGUAGUAAAGUGGGAUGAGCGGUG